AUGGAUGUUUUGAUGUUAGGCACAGGGGAGACGUACCAGUUUUCUGAACAGGCUUCUGAUAGCCUGGAGUUGUCUUUAUUCUAUGGGCACAAGUGGAGAGCAGGCAAUCAUGAACCAGAUCACACAAUGCAGGCUUUGAGGGGAGUACGAUCAAGAUGCUCCUCUGUGUUACCAAAAAAGUAUCCACAGCUUCCUCUCUUUAAAUUUAGAGUUGAGAUCUGCCUUGAAAUAGGAUCCGGAUCUGGUGUGGUUUCAACAUUUCUGGCUUCCAUUAUUGGAUCCAGUGCACUCUACCUAUGUACAGAUGUCAACCCUAUGGCAGCUUACUGCACACUAGAGACAGCUCUGCUGAACAAUGUUCACCUUCAGCCAAUAAUUACUGACUUGGUCAAAGGAUUGUCACCAAGAUUAAAUGGGAAGGUUGAUCUCCUGCUGUUUAAUCCACCGUAUGUGGUAACACCUUCUGAAGAGGUGGAAAGCCAUGGAAUAGAGGCAUCCUGGGCUGGUGGCAAAAAUGGUAGAGAAGUGAUGGACAGGGUUUUGCCAUUAGUAGCAGACCUACUUUCAACAGGAGGAUUAUUCUACUUGGUCACAAUUAAAGAAAAUAAUCCAGAUGAAAUUCUGGAAACAAUGAAGAAACAUGGUUUAGAAGGCACAAGAGUACUUUCCAGGCAAGCGGGAAGAGAGAUGCUUACUAUUCUCAAAUUCAGGAAAUCUUGAUAACUGUUCUUAAUCUUUGACAGAAAGGGUACACAGAAAGCUGAACAUAGCAUAUUAGUUGUCAAACCAACUUUUGAAGCCAGGAUUUUCACACUUAAAGUAUACCUUCACUUCCCAGCUACUGAUCAAUCAAACUGAUUGGGCUUGGUAUUGUAUUUUUUUCUGGAUAUCAGCCAGCUUUUAUCUGCUAUCAAUCAGAGGUACAACUGUCCUCUACCCAUCCGUAGGAUAGUUGUAGGUCAAACUGAGAAGUACCCUCUCAAGGGGCACUUUGGCAUUUGCACUUCAUUUCUAAAGUUUUUGGGGGUUUUUUUUGUUUAUAAAUAAAGUAUUUGUAUAUUUGUCUUUUCAGUAGUUAGUCUCUACCUAUGCUGUGUUUAAAUAAAUAUCUGGAAGAAGA